AUGGCUCCCAUUGCUAUCGACCCAUCAAUCACGGAUGUAGUUCAGCCGCGAAAGGACACCCUUGGUCUUCCCAAAGAAACUCGUGCUCGUCUUGAGAAGGCCAAUGUGGAUCUCUCGAAUGGUUAUCCUUACCGUCCAGCUCGUCCUCUCUACCUCCAAGAUGCAUACAACAUCAGAAACGAGCCUUGGGAGCAUGACGAUGCUGGAGCCAGAGCGAAAAAGACCGAUCCUACAAAGCGAUCACUCUUCGAAGCUGCAAGCAAAGUCGAGGACCUAACAGCUCACAUUGGUACUGAGAUUCAUGGUCUGCAAUUGAAGGAUCUCACAAGCCAGCAGAGAGACGAGCUGGCAUUGCUGAUCGCUGAGAGAAGUGUUGUCUUCUUCCGUGAUCAGGACCUCUCUCCCCAGCAACAGAAGGAGCUUGGCGAGCAUUACGGAAAGAUCGAAGUCCAUCCUCAAAUACCUCAGGUCCCUGGCGUCGAAGGAGUCACUGUAAUCUGGCCUGCCCUGCAAGCGACCGAGAAGGCUGCCAACUUCAGAAACCCUGGCGGUGCUUCUCGUUGGCACACCGACCUGGUUCACGAGCGUCAGCCUGCAGGCAUCACACAUCUUCACAACGAUGUUGUGCCAUCUGUCGGCGGAGAUACUCUGUGGGCUUCCGGCUAUGCUGCUUAUGAAAAGCUCAGUCCAGGCUUCCGCAAGAUCAUUGACGGUAAAAAGGCGUACUUCAAAUCUGCGCACGCCUAUCUCGACCGUAACGAUCCCAACGCUGGUCCUAAACACAUUGAGCGUGUUCAUCCGAUCGUUCGCGUGCAUCCUGCCACCGGCUGGAAGGCGCUCUUCGUGAACAGAGCAUUCACGACAAGGAUUGUUGGUCUAGACAAAGCUGAGAGCGAUGUCAUUUUGAACUAUCUUUUUGAUGUCUACGAGCGAAACAUCGACAUCCAGCUUCGAUUCAAGUGGACCCCAAGAACCAGUGCUUUGUGGGACAACCGCAUCACAAUCCACAAUGCUUCCUGGGACUACGAGAAAGUACCUCGACAUGGUACCCGUGUAACAUCGUUGGCCGAAGAGCCUUACUUUGAAGAGGACGCGCCGACAAGAAGACAGGCCCUGGGUCUUGAUGCUGACGACGAAUUGGUUGGUAGCGAUUAG